GUCUUUCUUGACCACUCGUUCCAUCCAAAUCCCAAAACCUCACAUUUCCACAUAAUGGAAGAAAAGCAAAAGGAAAACCCAACUCAUCUCUCUUCUUCUCGAGCGCUUCCAAUUCCAUGGCAUAGGAAAAUCAUCCGGACAAUUCCCUCACACAUUCCAUUCUCUCCCUCUCCUCAUGACUUUCUCUCACAUUCUGCUCCGCACCCCUCAUAUUUAUCUCCCAAAAUGCAGAAAAUCCGAUUCCCAAAAUCAAAGAAGGGAAUUCCUCAUCCUCAGGCCCCACCACUCGUUUUCAACUCCAUCUCCUCUAUUCGGCCUCCCGAGGCGCCCUUUCGCCGCCUUAUCCUCUUUCGAGGGCGAACAAGCGGACGAUCGACACUACCACCAGCAGCAUCGAGAUGAAAACAAAGCCGCCGAUGAGCUCCCGGGGAUGGCUCAGGCCCUCCACAUCUCCUCGAGGACGGCGUCGGGAAUUUCGUUGUGCAUAGCCAUGGCGGCCCUCUGUCUGCCGCUGUUCAUGUCCUCGCUGGGCCGGGGUUUGCCCGUCCAGACUCGGGUCCUCUCGUACGCGACCCUGCUCUUCGGCUUCUACAUGGCCUGGAACAUUGGGGCUAACGACGUGGCAAACGCCAUGGGGACGUCGGUGGGCUCUGGGGCGCUCACGCUCCGCCAGGCGGUGGUGACGGCGGCGGUGCUCGAGUUUUCCGGCGCCUUGCUGAUGGGGACCCACGUCACCAGCACGAUGCAGAAGGGGAUUCUGGUGGCGGAUGUGUUCCGGGGGAAGGAUACUCUACUCUUUGCUGGCCUGCUCUCUUCCUUGGCUGCUGCCGGCACUUGGCUACAGGUUGCUUCGUACUAUGGCUGGCCAGUCUCGACUACGCAUUGCAUAGUUGGAUCAAUGGUUGGAUUUGGGCUUGCCUAUGGAGGAAGUGAGGCUGUUUUUUGGAGUUCUUUGGCAAGGGUAACUUCGUCAUGGGUAGUCUCCCCUUUAGUAGGAGCAAUGGUGUCUUUCCUUGUCUACAAAUGCAUUCGCAGGUGCCCCAAACCCGGGGCAAGCGGCGGCAGCAGCCGCUCCUCUCGCCGUAUUUUUAGGCGUGACGGGCAUUUCUUUUGCGGCCUUUCCUCUCAGCCAAACCCUCUCAAUUGCCCUUGCCCAGGCUCUGGCCUUCCUCCGACAAGGGCAGCAACAUCGGUGCUGUCGGCCUGCUUCAUGUCGUUCGCCCACGGGGGGAACGACGUCUCCAACGCCAUCGGGCCUCUCGCGGCGGCCCUCUCCAUCCUCCAGGGCCGGGAGGCGGCCGCGGCCGAGAUCGUGAUCCCGAACGAUGUGCUGGCGUGGGGCGGGUUCGGGAUCGUGGCCGGGCUCAUGAUGUGGGGUUACCGGGUGAUAGCGACCAUCGGGAAGAAGAUCACGGAGCUCACGCCGACGAGGGGGUUCGCGGCCGAGUUCGCGGCAGCGUCGGUGGUGCUCGGGGCAUCCAAGCUCGGGCUGCCGAUCUCGGCCACGCACACGCUCGUUGGGGCGGUGAUGGGGGUGGGAUUUGCGCGGGGACUCAAUAGUGUGAGGGCUGAGACGGUGAGGGAGAUUGUGACCUCGUGGGUUGUGACCAUUCCUGCCGGGGCUACUUUCGCUGUUGUCUACACUUGGAUACUCACCAAGUUGUUGUCUGUGGUGUUAUGAUGACUGUCCAUUUUUCGGGGGAUUUUGAUUUUUUUUUUCUUUUUCUUUUU